CGAGUCUUAAAAAAGAUUGUUGUUUUUACGAAUGUGUUUAAAGUUGUAUAAAUUUCGAUAUCAGUCAAUAAAAUGUCUUUUCGAAGUGACAUUUCGAAACUAAUUUUUCAUCACCUUGUAAAGGAAGGUUACGAAAGUUCUGCCAAUAAUUUAGUUCAUGAGUGUCCUUACUUGGUAGAACUUAAACCUGUCCAACCACCAUACAAGCUUCCAAGGCUCAUGGGGGCUUCAUUGGUGAAUUUAAUUGAAAAUUAUUUUGAAACCAAAGAAAAGAUCAUUGAGCAAUUAGAGCUCUUAGAAUCUGUUGUAUUUAGAGAACAGGAUGAUCUUUUGACCCUUGCCAAAAUUCUUGUCGAAAAUCUUAAGUUCAAAACUCCAGCAUCAACAUUCCAAGGUCAAAAAGAAACCUCUGAUGCAAGUGUCAACACAGAAUUGGCUAGCAAAACUCCAGAAAUCUGUGAUGCCAGUGUCAACACAGAAUCAGCUACUCCAGAAACAUGUGAUGCCAGUGUCAACACAGAAUCGAUAAGUACUCCACAAACUAAUGAUUCAAGUUGCAACACAGAUUGUGUUAGUAAUAAGCCAGGAACAUGUGAUGCUAGUGUAAAUACUGAUGUCUUCAAUCAAGAAAAGAAUGAUCCAAACCAACUUCCAGUUGAAAAUUCCAAAGUUCCUAAAGAAACACAGGAUACCAAUGAAAUACCCCACGUUACUGAUAGUCCAGAAGAUGUUCCAAACCAACUUCUCUCUCCAAAAUCACCUGCAAGUUUGUCAACAACUCUAGUUUCUAAACAUGGCUUUGAAAGAAGUAUGAAUAUGAAUACAGCAUGGAUUCACAAUCACGACCUUCAAGGAGAUUCAACACAUUGUCCUGAACAGCUAGAAGUCUCUGCUAAUACCAUUGAUUUUUCCUUGGUAUAUGAUCGCUUGCUGGAAGACAGAGAUCUUCAAGAAAAGAUAGCUGAAAAUAUCAACAAAAACAAAGUUAUUUUACCUAACCAAGGCAGUUCCAAAAGGGGAAGCUUGGCAUCAUCACAAGACCUAGAUACUGUAAUAAAAGCUAUUAUUGCCGAAACACAAACAGAUCCUGCUUUUGAUGAUUUCCUGAAAGACUGUAUAGGCAGCCCUGAUAAUACACCUCAAGAUUAUUGGGAGUCCACUGGAUCAGAUAACAAUAGAGAAAACCAAGAAAAUGAUUUAAUCCCAGAUAAUUUAGGAGCAACUACGAUAGUGAAGCCAUCAAACAUACCAUCGUCUUUAUUUACUGUUAAAAACCCUGAUUUACUAGAAAAUUCAUCUGUGAUCAGUGGGUUAAACGGUCUUGCCUUUCUGACAUUUGCUGGACAAACUACUUUGGUUCCAACAAUUAUUUCGCCAAUGCCUUCAAAUGCUGUGCCUUCUGUAGGAGAGAGAAGAAAGAAGAAAAAUCCGAUUGUUGUAACACCCGUUGCCAUUGCUCCAAAACCUGCUCUCACCAUCACUAUUCCUGCUCCAGAUGGGAACUAUCAAUUUACAAAUACUGCGGGUGAAUCCGAAUUUUUCCAACAGAGAGUGGAAGACCAGCAGCAGCUUCUUGGUUGUAAUAUUGAAACAAUAACCAUCGAGACUAGCCCAGGUCCAUCAGCAACAAAACCUAUGAAGAUAACAAAUCGUCCGUUGACAAAAAGUAAGCGGAGAAAAGUUGCGAUAACUGGAAAUCGAGUGAUUCAAGCAUCCCCAAAUCCUCACUCAUCGGAAAAUUGCAUUACUCCUGGUUUGGCUGCUCUUGUGAAAAUCGCACAAGAGUAUGGGUCUUCAAUUUCUAUGGAUAUUCAAGAUCAAGAAUCCGUAUUAGAGAAAGAGCUAUCGAAAUCACCCGUUGUGAUUUUUAAUCCGCACAUCUCGAAUUCAACUAAUUUCGUCUCCACUCCUAUAAGUACUCGAAGUUUAAGUCAUGUUCACCAACUUAAUUCUGGAGUGUCGUCGCGUGGAUUAUCUAACAACCCAGCUUCUAUCAUCAGUCCGAUAGUUCAUCCAAAACGUCCCAAAAUUCCACGGGUUCUUGCACUGAGAAAUGCGGUUGAUGUUCCACCGGACGGUGAAAUUUUGGAGACUCCGAAAGGAAAGGCUAAACGUAGAAGAAAAAGUUCUCCCGCACCAGGGUCCGAUGACAUGGCAAUGUCUAGCGUUGAAUCUUUGCAACAGAUGGCUCCGGAAAAAGGAAUCAAUGAACGCAUUGCUCCAGAGUCUAACCUUUCUCAUUUCGGAAUGAAUAUCAUCAAUCUUGAAGAGCCAGUGAUCCAGCAACCUUUACCGGUCUUCGCUACCCCACAAAAGGAGAUAACGAAAAAUGUAGCAGUUGUCAAUUCCCUCAAUAGCUUCGGUCCGUGGGCUGGCGAGAUUCCGCGAACACCCCAAAUUCGGCUGGAUCUUACUAGUACAGCCAGCCCCUUUCAAGUAUUAUUGACGAAGGGUUUCCGCUUCUUACCGGCAGCGGAAUCCCCCAAUCUACCUGCCACUCCGCGCAUCUUUGAAGUUAAUGCUUCUUCCGUCGAGACACCGUAUACUGGAGUCUAUCAGUUUCCUUCUGUGUUAUGCACUCCUAGAUUGGAAGCACUCCACCAAGAGAUCAUGGAGCAUCCUGUCAAAAGCUUGAACAUCGCCGUGGUUAGCCCCACGCAGGUGGCGCUUGAUCAUCCGACUCCAUAUUUUGCACCCAGUGGUGAGGAAGCUCAAGGUCCCGCAAAUCAAAAUGCUACUCCAGAACACGUCCCUGAAACGGAAAAGUCGGAAAGAAGACGACGAAGUUCAACUGCGAAGGAUCCCUUGCAACUGGAAGAAUCGAAUGGUGCGAUUGAUGCCGUAGAAACUGCUGCCCGUCAGCCUAUUACUCCGUACAAGGACGACCAAACGCUAGAAAACGAUCUUAUCGGCGAAUGUCAGCGCUUGCAAAAUGAUCCAGCCAUGGAAUUAGGUAGCCAACGGUUGGUUAACCUCUUAGGGGAGGAUUCAACAAAUCGUAGCGAACUUACAAAAUCUGUGCCGUCUGUUCCAGAAAAUGCACCUGCAGUUGAAAUGUCUCGGAGUACACCUAUAAUCACCAAACAAAAAACAAGAAAACCAAAGAGAACCACCAGCAGAAAAAGUGAUCCCGAAAAUGAGUCGGUUAACUCUGCCUGUGCCAGAGCACAGAUUUAUCCUGUGAGCCCUCAAGCCCAUCGCCGUAAGUCACAACGACUCUCGAACAACUCAAAACCUUCCAGCCCAAGAGAAGAUGAAGAUUUAAUUCAGGAGGUGUUGGCUUUGUCGAGAUUAAAUACUUCAGGUGGUUGCAUAGCACAAUCAACUCAAUCAAUCAACAGAAAAAGGAGAUUGUAUUCGACGAGCAGUCUAAAGAUUGGUUUGACUGAUGAAGUCCCAUCUGAAAAGAGAUCAAAACGAAAACGUCAAAACGAAGUGAUGUAACGAGUGAUGACCAAGUUUCGGCCGCGAUUGAAGUCAUGCCGAUAUCGACACCAUCCUCAAGUAUCUCCAAUACAGUACCUAUAUGCUGAAAACCUGCCACUUUUUUAAAAAUUUUAACUUUUAGAUUAAUGGAAAAGUUAAAGCACGUCUAAAAUACGUUGAAAUAUCUAGAGUUCGUUAAAGUAAAUACAAUUAUUCGGAAAUCCAAAGUUCUCAAAAUGCCUGAUUACAAGAUGUCGCUAAAAUCCGUUUGCGAAUUGCCUCGACACCAACGACCAAUCGGACGAGUAAUGAAUGGGCACUGUCAAUCCCGGAGCGUUAAAAAAUAUUAGGAUAACGGCAGUGUUAAUUGUGCUAUUUUUCCUUGUAUUUUUCUGUACUCGCUCAUUUACGUUUGUGGUCUACUCACUUCAGUAGUUUUAAAUGAUUUUGUGUUUUCUACAGUUUAGUUUCAGUCGCCAGAGAAAAAAGCCCGGAAUCCCCUGAUAAAGUCCCCAUAUUGCUGUCUAAUUAAUUUAAAUUUUCAUGUACGUGUUCAUUUUUCAACCAAGUUUGUUGAGCUGUAUGUAUAAUUGAUUUUAUUCUGUCCUUUGUUGGGCUAAAAGAUUUGUUAAACAAAACAUUGUAAACAUGAAUACACUUUGCUGGACGUCGUAUACCUGCCUCAACUA